AUGCAACAUAUAGAUGGGCUUGUGAUCGAGGGGGUGGACUUCACCGUGGACACUAUCUCCCAGCUUAUCCAGGAAUGUGAAACAUGCGCUGCAAUCAAGCAGGCCAAACAGCCCUGCCUGUGGCAUGGCACCCUGGUGCUCCUGCUGGGUCUCACCACCACUCUCAUUCGUCCCUGUGACACCACCUUCCCCUGGGACAGCCUCCAGCUCUUCCAGGUCAUGGCUCCCAGCAUGCCAUCAGCAGCAGCUGCUGCCACCACACUCUGUAUCCUCCAGCAGCUCUUCAUCACCUCAGCAGCUCAAACACCCUUGCCCACCACCACUGGGACGCUGAGACACAGCAUCAGCUUCCUGCACCACAUCCAGCAGCUUGGGCAGUAUGUGCCAGCCAAUGGCAUACUCUUCAAAGGCCAAGGGCCCUGCAACCUGCUGCUCAGCAUCAACAAAUAUUUUGGGUGCAUCCAGGACUUCCUCUGCACCCACCACCACAAACCCUGUGCUUGGGACCACAUCUGCCUAGAAGCUCAUGCCUGCUUCCAACAUCUUCACAACACCUGCAUCAUGCGUGAUUAG